AGUAGUAGUAGUAGUAGCAGUAGUGGUAGCGACGAGGAUAAAGAAUCACCGCCAGCGACAGAAAAUGUCGUCACGAGUAAACAUGUUGGAAAUAUCCCUGAUAUAGGCAAUUCACUUGCCAUGACUACCAAAACUAAAAAAUCAUGGUUUAUCAACUUGAUUCAUGAUCUUAAAAAGACACAGAAAUUGUUCACAAGAAAAGCAUCUAUCACACCAGAUACAACAGCUAAAAAGCAGAGAUCAUUAGAGUCUCUUUUGAAGCGAAAAAAGGCAAUACCUCUUGAGACCUUAGAUUCCCCUAUUGUACAUACUAGAUACCCAAUUCAGACUGAGCAUGCUAUUUAUCGCCUUUCUCAUUUAAAGUUAUGUAGCUCGCAACGUCCAUUACAGCAACAAGUCGUGAUUUCCAAUUUGAUGUAUUGGUAUCUUUCUGUCUCAAACACACAAUACUCAAGACAAAAAAAUACUUCUGCCAAUACUUCUAUCAAUAAUCUUUAUAUGCAAAAGACAUAUCAUACACCAACACCCAAGCAGCACAAUAAGAAGGCUGAUAAAUACAAGCCUAUAAAAAACACAGAGUAUAACCCUCGCUCAUAAUAAAUGU